AUGAUCUAUGAAGGCAAAUAGUCUAUUUUCAGUCAUUAAGAUUAGUAUGCACUUAUAAGAUUAGUUAAUUCUGAAGAUGACGCAACUACAAAGAAACAUGAAGAAGGCAAAAUAACAUUGACAUUAAGAAUGGCAAAAUAUUUAUCAACUUCUGGAAUUGGUGAUUAUUUGGAUGGAAUAAAUGUUCUUUUAAGUUUUUUGUUAACAGUGUUACAUCUAAUUGAUUGUUCAUUUUGGGAUUAAGGGGAAACUUAAGAUGUUAAAGAAGCAUAAGCAUUUAUUACAGUAAUUUGAAUCACAUUAUAAGUUUUUUAGAUUCCAGAAUUGAUCUGUUAUAUUUAUUUCCUUCUUGAUUUUGCAAUUAACUUCUGCUUAUCAGAAAAUAAAUUAUUCUUUACCUUCCAAACAACUUCAUUAAUUGAAUACGUUUCAAUAUUUCCUUCAUUGUUAGCAAGAUUGAAUAUAAUAACAGGAUAAAAAUAUAUAUAUUUGUUGAGAGUGCUGCGUUUUUUAUUAUGUUACAAACUAGAUAAAGUAUUAUAGAGACUUUCAAUGGAAGGUAAUUAAUUUGUUUAAUCUAGAGUAUUUAGGUUGGCAUAUAAACCAAUUGUAACUGUCAUGGCAAUUAUAAUGAUAAAUUCUUCAAUACUUUAUGUAGUUGAAUAGGAUUACUCUAUAGUCGAAUAUAUUUAUUUUAUGGUUGUAACAAUUUCAACGGUGGGAUUUGGAGAUGUUUAUCCUACAACUAUUUAUGGAAGGUUUUCAAUUAUUGUAGCAAUAUUAAUAAUGUUUUUGGUUUUACCAACUCAAGUAGAAAUGCUAACAAGAGUGUAUAGUUUAAGAAGUCAAUAUGCCAGAAAUAAAUACAUGUCAAAAAAAGAAUGUGAACAUAUUCUUUUGUUAGGAUCUUCUUAAGUAGAAGGAUUUAAAACCUUUUUAAAUGAGCUGUAUCAUAGUGAUCAUGGAAUGAAUGAUAUAAAUACAGUUAUUCUUUAACCUUCUGCACCAACUGAAGAAAUGACUCUCUAAUUAAAAUAACCAGCUUUAUAAUCUAGAGUAAUCUAUUUAGAGGGACAUCCUUUAUAAAAUAAAGAUCUAGAAAGAUGUAGUUCAAAAGACUGCAAUUGUGUAAUUGUUUUAGCAAAUAAAACAAGUAGAACACCAAAAAGAGAUGAUUAUCGAAAUAUUAUUCAUGCUUUCGCUGUUAAAUAAUUUGCAAAAAAAUAGAAAUCAAGAAGAGGAGUAAGAGUAUGUUUAUAAGUUUUAUAACCAUCAAGUAAAGAUUUAUACUUUAAUUCACUUGGUGGUCAUGAGACAGAUUAAGUUAUUUGUGUUGAUGAACUUAAACUUUAUCUUUUAGGAAAAACAUGUUUAUGUCCAGGGAUAAAUACUCUUAUAUCAUUUUUAAUUUAAUCAUCGAAACCAUCUUAUGAUAUAUCAAAGUAUGAUAAAAAUAAGGAAGAAUGGAUAGAUGAUUAUUUAUGUGGAAUGUAAAAUGAAAUAUAUAGAGUUCCAUUAGAAUCUGAAGCAUUUGUUGGUUUAACAUUUAGUUAAGUAAUUAUAAAUUUAGAUUAUAUAGAUUUCAUAAGCAAUAUAUAAAGAGUUAAAUAUAAUUUUAUUUGCUCUUGAAGUAGAAUUGGAAUCAGGAACUAGUGUAUUUGUUAAUCCAUCCGAAUAUCUAUUUGAAGAUUAUUUACAUUAUGGAUAUGUAAUAGCAAGUGAAAUGCCUAAUAUAGAUUAGGUUUAAUAAACCAAAUUUCCUGAAUACAUUUAAAAAAAUUAUUGUUUUCCUAAUGUUUAAAGAUAAUAAAAUAAUAAAAAUGCACUCUAAUAAGAAGCAGAAUAUUUAAAAGAAAUUUUAAGUGAAGGUCUCAAAGAUGAUUCUUCUAAACAUCCUGCUUACUAUUAAGUCAAACCUUAGACUAUCACAACAGGUCUUCCAAAAGUUGGAGAUUAAGAAAAAUUUGAAAAUCACUUCAUUGUAUGUGGAGUGGUUUCAGAUAUGAAGUAUCUUAUGAUGCCUUUGAGAGCUAGAUCAUUAAAAAAUAUACAACCAAUAGUAAUAUUGAAUUAGGAUUUGAUACCAACAGAAAUCUAAUUAUAAAUUAAUAAAUUUCCAAAAGUUUAUUUCCAAUAAGGAUCUCCACUUAAUACUGAAGAUUUAAAAAAAGUAUGUAUUUAAAAAGCAUCAGCUUUGGUUAUCUUAUAAAAAUCUGCUGACUAAGAAGAAGGGACAGCAAAUAUUGUUGAUGCAGAUACAAUAUUCAUUUAUAAAACUGUCAAAUUAUUAAACUAAAACAUAAACAUAAUAACUGAAUUGGCUUCAAUUUCAACAAUUUCUUUUUUGUAGAUAUCAAGAAAUAAUUAUGUUUAAAAAUAUGAUUGGUCUGUAAGUGAACCUUUUGCUUCUGGAGAAAUAUAUAUAUCUACUAUGCUUGAUACUCUUAUAUGUUAAGCUUAUUAUAAUCCUUUUAUUACUAGUAUUUUUGAUUAAAUGAUUUUAGGAAGUGCUUCCGUUAAUAAAAAAGUAAGAAUCUUCAUGAUUUUAUAUAGCAUAAAAAACUGUAUUAAGCAAGCAAAUUAUAGUAAAGUAAUUUAUUUCUAAUUAACAUACCUCCAAAAUAUUAAGAGAAAACUUUUGGAGAACUUUUUGAAAUUUUACUCACAGAACAAAAUAUGAUUCCUAUUGGAUUAUAUAGAGGAGAGAAAGUUAAAAAUAAUAAUAAACCUUAUGUUUUUCUUAAACCACCAAUGGAUGUAGUUAUAUCAAGCAAAGACAGAGUUUAUGUAUUAAGUGCAAAACAACCAAAAGAACUAGAAAAUAAUUAUGAUAAUGUAACAAAUUAAGGAUAAGAAAGUACAUCCUAAUAUUUAAAUAUUAAAUCAAAAUUAUAGGGGGAAGAGGGAAGAGUAGAUAUAGAAUUUUCUAGAGAAUUGAAGAGAUUUAGCGAUGAAAUGAAAAAAUUUUAAAGUCAACUAAAUGAUAUCAAUCAGGAAGUUUUUAAUUAAGGAUUAAUUCAAGAAGGUAUUAUUAUUAAGAUUUUAUAUUUAGAUUUUAUUUCAAGAGUCAGAUAAAGUUUAAAAAGUGAAUUAGCUAAUUUACAUCCAGCAGCUUGA